AUGUAUACCAACUUGAAAUUUCAAUCUUUUACGGAAGACCAGCAGCAGACAGAAUAUGUCGAUUCGCACCAAAUGCCCAAGAAUUCCGUCGACAAGAGCUCGUUUUCGUUUGAAGAACGGUUACCAAUCCGCUAUAAUACGUCAGCGGGGAUUGUGGAAGGAAAAUUGAACGUCCAUUUGAUUGCUCAUUCCCACGACGAUCUCGGAUGGGUGAAGACAGUUGAUGAGUACUAUCUUGACCAAGUACAAUACAUCAUCGAGACCGUCGUUGAUCAGCUCGCAGAUAAUCCUGACCGUAAAUUUAUACAAGUCGAACAGGGGUUUUUCUUCUUAUGGUGGCAGCAGCAGGGCGAGACAAUGAGAAAUAGAGUCAGGAAGCUUGUCGCUUCUGGCCAACUUGAGUUCAUCAAUGGUGGGUGGGUGAUGCAUGACGAGGCGGUGUGUCACUACACGGACAUGGUGCACCAGAUGUCAAUGGGCCAUCGCUUCAUCCAGGAGCACUUCAACAUCACGCCGCGCAUUGCAUGGCAGAUCGACCCAUUCGGCCACUCCGCCACCCAGGCUAGCCUCAUCACCUCACAGGGUGGCUUGGACGCCUUUAUCUUUGGCCGAGCGGACUACAAAGACAUGGAGAAGCGCAAAGCAGAGCAGAAGAUGGAGUUUGUGUGGCGGGCGGGCACAGGGGCGCCGAGGGAUACACAGGUUUUCACUGGGAUUCUGUACGAUGGAUACUACUCGCCACAGGAGUUCCGGUACCAGGAGACAGACAGCCCAGAGUACCGAUUCAGGGACUGGCCGAACGAGGUGAGGCCCAACGUGGAGCAAUAUGUGAACUUCUUCGUUCAGGAGACAUUGAACAGGGCGCAGGCCUUCCGCACGAACCACCUGCUGUUCCCCAUGGGCGAGGACUUCUCGUUCAACGAGGCCAUCAUGUGGUUCAAGAACAUGGACAAGCUCAUUCACUACGUCAACCUGGAUGGCCGGGUCAACGCCCUCUACUCCACGCCGUCCCUCUAUGUGGACGCUGUUCAAAAGGAGAACAAGACGUGGCCUCUCAAGACCGGUGACAUGUUCCCCUAUGCUGACGCGCCAAACUUCGUCUGGACGGGGUAUUUCGCCAGCCGGGCAAACUUCAAGCGUUUUGCCCGCGCUUGCAGCUCCCUCUUGCUUGCGACCACAAUUCUAGAAGCUGCGGUGGGCAAGACCUCUCUUAGGGACUGGGGGCUGAAAACCCACAGGAUGAUCGCUACAGACGAGUUUCUGUUCGACAAUCAUCUGGGAAAGAACCUGAUAGCCACCAGCGGGGCGGAUGGGGGUGUGGCGGUGGCACAGCACCACGAUGCCAUCACAGGCACGGCCCAGCAGCACGUGAAUGACGACUACACACUCCGCCUGCACCGAGCAGCACAGGAGGCCUACACUGUAGUGGCAGCCGCUCUUGUCCACCUCAUCACCCAAGCAGCCCCCACCACUCUCCCACCGCGCUCCUCCUCCCCAACAUCCACCUCGACUCCCGAUGAUCCAUCCCGAGCCUUCUUCACACCCACUGCCAACCCAACAAUGGGGCCCUCAGACUUCCCUCCCUUCAAUUCCCAGCCUGGCGACCCCACUCUUGAUCCUGCUGCUCAGUUACAAGCCCAGCCAUGGGCUCCUGCAGACCCGAAUCAACCCCAGUCGUUUCCCGACAGGCCAGUCCCCGAAAAUGCCGUUCCGUUCGAUCCGUCUAUGCCAGAGGGUAGCGAGCCUGACCCGCUUUUCGCUCAACUGCACCCGGAAUUGACUCAGAGCGACACAGGCUCGAAUGAGGGAGAGCCGCAGCACUCGGUGGAUACGCCCUCGUUCUUCCCUUACCAUCGCCAAGUGCCUCCUGUUGACGAGACACUCCAGUCGCAGGAGAGAGUGCAGUGGACAGAUGUGAAUCAGCAGGAACAACCACAAGAGGAGGUUUCGCCUGGGAGAAGGGGGCAAGAGAUGGUGCUGAGUGGAAGGGACACUACCAGCACAGCAGCAGAGAGUAGCAGAGUGGUGGGUGGGGAACUGGGGAGGGAAGGGAGUGGCGCAGGCAGCAGCAACAGGGGAAGGCAGCUUCUGAGGGAGGGUGGGAAUGCGAGCGAUGAGCGUGAAGGGAAGGAGGACAGCAAGCAAGCGAGCACAGAGGGUGGUGAUCGAAGGAGUGCAAGCGAGGGAGGGGCGACGCAUGAUAUGCCUGUGCUGGACUUUCAAAUGUGUCCACUGCUCAACCUCUCCUAUUGCCCCCCGUCUGAAACGAACCUCAGCCCAGACCAAGUCCUGGUGGUGACUGUGUUCAAUCCACUAGGGUGGCCACGCACAGAAAUUGUUCGGUUUCCGGUCGCCUCGUCAUCAGUCCUGGUGACAGACUCGUCCAAAUCCCCCAUCCCCGCUCAAAUCAUCACCGAAACCCUUGUAGACCCCAACAGACGCGCCCUGUACAUUGCUGCCUACUCCGGCCAGUUUCCUGAGGAGCCCCAGCAGUCUCAGCUGCCCCAGCAGCCAGGGCAGCUGGAGGGGCGCCCAGUGUCAGUUGUGUUCCGUGUCGAGGUGCCUCCUCUUGGAUACGCCACAUACUUCCUCACUGCCGUGCCACCAGGCACACAAGGAGCAGCCGUCAUCAGCAUUGCAGAGUCUGCAUCAGUCCCUGCCCUCAAAGACCCAGCUGGAACCCCCAACAGCGCCAACACAGCAAAUUCUCCAUCUGAUAACAUCGUUUUAGGGGGCUCUAAAACCGAGUCAUCUUCUGGUGCUGGUGGCGCUGCUGGCAAGUCUACCGGUGCAGGAAGGGAGGGAGACGCUGCUCUGCGAGUGACGUUCUCCAGGGCAGCGUAUGGCAUGACGCAGAUGGAGCUCGUUCGACAGACUGAUGGCGGACAAGCGACUGUGGAUGUGGCAAAGCCUGUCAGGUCGGACGUCAUGGAGUAUGUCACACAAAAGGGUGGAGCGUACAUCUUUGACCCCACUUCUCAAGCAGCCUACCGGACUCAGAGAGACGACCUGACCUUCCGGGUGUACCCGGGGUGUGACUAUGCCGAACUGCACUAUGUGAUCGGGCCUACUCCGGAGGAAGGCAAGGGUCACGAGGUGGUGACUCGUUUUUCAGCCCCCAUCAGCAGCAACAAGACCUUUUUCACCGACUCCAAUGGCAGGCGGUACCUCAAACGGAUUGUGGACCAUCGCGCUGAUUGGGAGCUUACAGUCACCGAUCCCAUCGCAGGCAAUUUCUAUCCGGUGACGGUGGGCGCGUUCAUCGGGGAUGGAGAGUCACAGCUGUCGCUGCUGGUGGACCGAGCAGCCGGUGCUGCCAGCCUGGCAGCCGGACAGCUUGAAGUCAUGCUGCACCGGUCACUGGUGACAGUGGACAUGAAGGGAGUAGGGGAGAUUCUCAACGAGCAGAUUUCAGUCAAUGGCAACAAUCAACGCCUCAUGGUCAUAGGCUCCAUCCGCUUUGGCUUGCACCCAGGGGACAGCACAGGGGUGGGAGACGAGCACGGAGAGGAGCAGCCUACAGUAACCACUUCUGCCGUUGCCCCUGCUGAUACUGACGCCACCACUGGUGCUGAUCCCACGGGUGCUGGUAUGGAUGCUGGCAGCAUUCCACCCCAAGGAGUUCCUGGGUCAUGGCCUGAAACACCCCCCCAUGGAAGACGAGGGGUUGAAACGGACGGAGGAGCAGGAGGAAAAUAUGAGGCGCCUCAGGGUUUCUCAGGAAUGGGCCGGCCUCGGGAAAGGCGUGGAGGGGAGAGGCAGGAGGGAGAGGGGGAGAGGAAGGGGCAGGGGGCACAGUGGAGGAGGGUGCACGCCCAACGCCUUAUUGCUCCUCUGCAGCUGGCAUUUGCUGUUGAGUCGAAGGAGGCCAUAAGAGCAGCUGAGGCAACCCACAGGUGGAGCUACUCUAUCUCGCAGGAAUCACACGGCAGCAGCUCUCGUACACCCCAGUCUUCUUACUCCCUGCCACCAAACGUAGCUGUCAUCUCCUUCCAGGAGCUGUCUCCAAGGAACAUUGUGCUGCGACUGGCUCAUCUCUACGAGGCAACUUCUCUCAUCGCAAAAGAUCCAAGGAGUGGAAGAGUUAACGCGGAUGGCGAUACUCGAGAAAGCGAUGCAGUCGCGACUGCCACAGCAGAUGCAACAGGGCGAGGGGAAACGAGUUGUGCUGUACCAGCAGCAGGAGGAGGAGCGGGAUCGGUAACGGUGGAUUACUCAGUGCUUAUGAGCCGAAUGCUGACGACGGGGUUUCAGGCCACGUGUUUGGGGCAAGCGAUUAACGAAGUCAACAGAAUGCUCGCGUGGCGGCUGAGCGAUGACCCACCCAAGCCCGACGACACGGAGGAGGAGAGGGACCCGGCCUUCCGGUCGUCUGUGCGGUGCAAGAUCUUUCUGGGCUUCACAUCCAACCUCAUGAGCUCGGGGCUCCGAGAGACAUUCUGCUUCCUCGCAAAGCACAAACUGGUGGAUGUGAUAGUGACUACAGCGGGGGGCAUAGAGGAGGACGUGAUAAAGUGCCUGGCGCCCACGCUCCUGGGCGACUUCUCCUUACCGGGGAAGGACCUGCGGGCCAAGGGGCUGAACCGCAUUGGCAACCUGCUGGUCCCCAACAACAACUACUGCCUCUUCGAAGACUGGGUGCUGCCUGUAUUAGAUGCUUGUCUCGAGGAGCAGAAAACGCAGGGCGUGGUGUGGACGCCCUCCAAGCUCAUUGACCGCCUGGGGAAAGAAAUCAACCAUGAGGAAUCGGUUCUCUACUGGGCGCACAAGAACGGAAUCCCGGUGUUCUGUCCAGCCAUCACAGACGGGUCCCUCGGUGACAUGAUCUACUUCCACUCCUUCCGCUCGCCAGGGCUGCUCAUUGACCUCGUGCAAGACAUCCGUGCGAUGAACGGUGAGGCAGUGAACGCCACCCCCCGGCGAACAGGCGUGAUCAUUCUGGGAGGGGGCCUGCCGAAGCACCACAUCUGCAACGCUAACAUGAUGCGCAACGGGGCUGACUAUGCGGUCUACAUUAAUACGGCGAGCGAGUUUGAUGGGAGCGACUCGGGGGCGAGGCCUGACGAGGCUGUGAGCUGGGGGAAGAUCCGCGGAGAUGCCACCGCUGUGAAGGUGAGAUGCCAUGUAGUUCACAUAAACGCGGCCAUUAAGUUCGAUGGGAGCGACUCGGGGGCGAGGCCUGACGAGGCUGUGAGCUGGGGGAAGAUCCGCGGAGAUGCCACCGCUGUGAAGGUGAGAUACCAUGUAGUUCACAUAAACGCGGCCAUUAAGUUCGAUGGGAGCGACUCGGGGGCGAGGCCUGAUGAAGCUGUGAGCUGGGGGAAGAUCCGCAGAGAUGCCAGCGCAGUCAAGGUGAGAGGGAGAGAAAGGUCAUGCCUUUAA